AUGUCGGAACUUCGUGGUUCGCCGCCUCUUUCUAGGGCUCUGGAGGGUGGAUUCGGGGCUCCGUUGGCCGCGCUGAGCUCCCUGGCGGAGGCGCCUCCUCCGGCUCCCAAUCCUCACGGGAUAGACCAUAUAUUAUCCCGGCCGUCGGUAGGAUCGAAUAUGGGCACUGGUUUGUUGACCCCGAGGUUGUCGCUGGCGGCGGCGGCGGCAGGGAUGGCGCACUAUUUGCAACAUAAGCCGCUUUACUGGCCAGGGUUCCAGGGCCUGGUGUCGAACCCCAUGGCGUGGAGGGAGAGACUGCAAUCGAGAAAAACAUUUGUAUUGAGCAAUGGUGCGCUCAGCGCAUGUGCAGCACAAGCUGGUGGAAUGGACAAAGAUGGCAAAAAGAAGCACACGCGACCAACAUUCAGCGGACAGCAGAUUUUCGCGCUGGAGAAGACCUUCGAACAGACCAAGUACCUGGCGGGGCCGGAGCGCGCCAAGCUGGCCUACGCGCUGGGCAUGACCGAGUCACAAGUUAAGGUUUGGUUCCAAAACAGAAGAACAAAGUGGCGAAAAAAGCACGCUGCCGAAAUGGCGACCGCGAAACGCAAACAGGAGGAGCUCGGCGAGGAGUGCGACGAGCAGGAGUCCCACGAGGCGGACCCGUGCAGCGACGACGACGACGCCAAGCGGCCGCGCCUCGACCUGCACCUGCACAUGCCGCACCACCGCCAGUGA